UGUGUGAGCUUCAGUCAGCACACCACCGUGGGAGUGCUUCAAUCAGAGAAACAAUGAGGAUAUGAUGCACCAUAUUCUCAAACCAGGGCUGAUGGUAUCACAUUAACACAUCAGAGUUCUCUGUAGCAUGGAGUUAAGGUUGUCAGGCUGCAGGAGGCUCAGGUUUUAGGGGAUGAGGACAAAUCUUCAGGCCAUAAGUUACUGCAGUGCAAAGGAUCAAGAUGAGUGUUUACUGGAUGGCGAACAUCCUCCUGGGAAUCAUGUUUUGUCAGGCCAGACAGGGUUUGAGCAUCUGCAACUGCAACGACCACCUGAUAACUGUCUGCGCAGCCCCCAGAGAGACGGUGCAUGUCCCAUGUCCAUACCUGGGCGAUAAAGACCUGAUGUUUAACCUCAUCAAAAAUGAAGACGUGAUUUCUAACUGUGUAUUCAGCAGCACCAACAAAACGUUAAACUGUGAUCACAAGUUAUCCUCUGACAUCAUCGUGUCUGAAAACCAGACUGGUUUCAACCUCACUGUAACAAACGCCAGCAGCCAUGGGAUUUAUAAAUGUGACAGCCAAUCCACUUUCCCUCCACCUGUCGAAAAGGCCACGGGUCCUUCAAAGAUCCUGGUGUUAGUACAAGGACAUCAAUGCCUGCGUAAAACGGAAGAAGUGCACAAAAGUCACAAAAUGGAUUUGAGCCUCGUUUGGAUUACGGUGACAGCAUUUCUCUGUACCUACAGCCUGAUCGUGUCUAUCAUCGCUGUAGUCAACUGGGUCAAACUGAAACGAUCGGACUCCUACAGUGACUACAUGAACACCAAACCAAGACCGUCCAAGGAACGCAAGAAGAGGAGAGGCAUUCAGACCCCGACACCUCGACAUUUCUGAUGAAAUAAACUCAUCUGACAGUUUGCACAGCUGUUGUCGUUCAGCAAGAUCAUGGUACAGAUAUUCAAUAUAUAUGAAUUAAACAGCUCUCCAUCAGUCAUUAUUAAGCCUCAUCCUGCAAGAUCAUAGAAAAUCUUUAAAAAUGCUGAAAUAAUCACCUAAAUACUGCUUAUAAUAAAAAAAUUCGGAGGUUCUUGGCCUCAUAAGGUCAUGGUACCACAGUAGCAUGGAAAUAGUAGGGUUUAUUCUAAUGUAAUGAAAAACACAAACCGACAAAAUGUGCAAAAUAAGCAAAAAUCUCUGCUUAGAUUUCGGAACAUACUGUGUGAUGAUUUAGAAAGUCUUCAUUUAGACUUACAGUGUACAGUGACACAUAUUGGAUAAUUUUGUUUCUUUACACCACCACAGUAGAUCUGAAAUGAAACAAUCAAAAUGUGAUCCAAGUGUGGAC